AUGGAACGACCAUUACGAAAAUCAAGCGAAGCUCCCGAGGUCGUACUGCACAGCGAUGGGGACCAGAAGACGAUAUGGACAUAUGCGGAAAGAUUGAAGAGAUCUGGUCAUGGAACUCUGCAUGGAAAGCAGAUUGAUAUGAAUGAUACCGAGUCGACUAAAUAUCCUCCGACGACAGUCGGGACACCCUCCUUAGCGCCUCCACCUUCACCGAUACCUACAACUCUUUUCACUGUGGAUGAAGAUGAUAGAUCAAUCGCACCACGACGGAUAUCAUUUGGAAUACUGGAGACAAUAGUUCUGGUUCUUGUUGCUUUUCUGAUCGGAGGAGGAAUUGGAGGUGGCAUCGGAGGAGCUCUGUUUGUCAAGGAGAAAUCAAGAUGUUCAGCAGAUUCGACGCCAACAAGCGCUCCAGCACCUGAACGAACGGGCAACACCAUCGUAGAUCCUGCAGGUUGUCCAGCAAUCAACUCUACAACCUGGAAAUCAGCCACGACGGGAAAGACUUUCCGACGAGUCUGUUACAGAGACGCCAUAUCGCAAAACACCCAGAAUAUCAUCACUGGCAAUACAUCCGUAUCCACAAUCGACGCAUGUCUUGAAGCAUGCGCGACAUCAACCGGAUGCGUUGCCGCGACCUGGUAUAUAUUUUCCGUUACUUCGCCCUCGAAGAACGCUGUGUGUUUUUUCAAGAAUCAAGUCGGAUUGUCGGUAUCGCAGCCGACAGGAGAUUCGCUCGUUACGGCCUAUUUGGAGUGA